CACUACCGGAAGCUUUGACAGCACAUGUUUGGAAGGAGCUGGGAAACAGAACAUGAGCUUGAAGCCUUGUAAAAGCAGAGAGGCCUUAAAAGGGACGAUAUUUUUUCAUAAAUAUAUCUUUUUUGCUUCAUCAUUACUCGAUAGCUGAUACUCAAAACCCGUUUUUGGUGUGUCUGCUUUUAUUAGGGUCGAACUAGGGGUCGACGGGAUUUUUUUUUAGCUUGUAAAGAAAGUUCUCGAUAAGGUUACUGCGUUUUUUUGUGCGUGUGUGUCAAGUGUUCCGUUAGCAUUAAGUUACUGUUAUUUUGUACUGGUCAAGACAUUUUUCACGUUAUGGCGGACUACCUCAUCAGCGGGCAGACAGGUUACGUCCCGGACGAUGGGUUGAGCGGACAGCAGCUCUUCAACGGAGGAGACGGACUCACCUACAAUGACUUCCUGAUCCUGCCGGGCUACAUAGACUUCACAGCUGACCAAGUGGAUCUGACGUCAGCGCUUACCAAAAAGAUCACCAUGAAGACGCCGUUCGUGUCCUCGCCCAUGGACACAGUAUCGGAGGCUAACAUGGCCAUCGCCAUGGCACUAACAGGAGGCAUUGGCUUCAUCCAUCACAACUGCACUCCAGAGUUCCAGGCUAACGAAGUUCAUAAAGUCAAGCGAUACGAGCAGGGCUUCAUCACAGACCCCGUGGUGAUGAGCCCCAACGAGCGAGUCCGGGACGUCUUCCAGGCCAAGGCGCGCUACGGCUUCUGUGGAAUCCCAAUCACAGAGAACGGCAAAAUGGGCGGCAAGCUGGUGGGCAUCAUCUCAUCCAGAGACAUCGAUUUUCUAAAGGAGGAGGACCACAAUCUACUGCUGAAUGAGGUGAUGACUAAGAGGGAGGAUUUAGUCGUUGCUCCUGCUGGAGUGACUCUAAAACAAGCAAAUGAAAUCCUCCAGAGAAGCAAAAAAGGGAAGCUGCCCAUUGUCAAUGAGGAGGGCUCUCUGGUGUCCAUCAUCGCCCGCACAGACUUGAAGAAGAACAGAGACUUUCCUCUGGCCUCCAAAGACUCCCGAAAACAGCUGCUGUGCGGCGCCGCCAUCGGCACCCACAACGACGACAAGUACAGGCUGGACCUGCUGGUGCAGAGCGGUGUGGACGUGGUCGUACUGGACUCGUCUCAAGGGAACUCCAUCUUCCAGAUCAACAUGAUCAAAUACAUUAAAGAAAAGUACCCCGACCUACAGGUCAUCGGAGGCAACGUGGUGACUGCAGCUCAAGCAAAGAACUUGAUCGACGCAGGAGUGGAUGCACUGAGGGUGGGAAUGGGCAGUGGCUCCAUCUGCAUCACACAGGAAGUGCUGGCGUGCGGCAGACCUCAGGCCACAGCCGUCUACAAAGUCUCCGAGUACGCCAGGCGCUUCGGUGUUCCUGUCAUCGCCGAUGGAGGCAUCCAGAACGUCGGACACAUCGCCAAAGCCCUGGCACUGGGGGCAUCAACUGUGAUGAUGGGAUCGCUGCUAGCUGCCACCAGCGAAGCUCCCGGAGAGUAUUUCUUCUCUGACGGCAUCAGGCUGAAGAAGUACCGCGGCAUGGGCUCUCUGGACGCCAUGGACAAAAACCUGGGCUCUCAGACGCGAUACUUCAGCGAGAGCGAUAAAAUUAAAGUGGCUCAGGGCGUCUCUGGAGCCGUGCAGGACAAAGGCUCCAUCCACAAGUUCGUCCCCUACCUGCUGGCUGGCAUUCAGCACUCCUGUCAGGACAUCGGGGCCAAGAGCCUCACUCAGCUCAGAGCCAUGAUGUACUCUGGAGAUCUGAAAUUUGAGAAGAGAACAACGUCUGCUCAGGUGGAGGGCGGGAUCCACAGCCUACACAGGUUCAAACCAUAUCCAAGUGAUUUCUAACAAAAAUUUAUGAGAAACGACUUUUUUGAGAAGAAAUGAGCCUUCUGUUGGAUGGUCCUUUUUAACACAUACUAGUUACAAGACCUGCUUUAAGUGUCAUUACACACAGAAAACGUCUAUUAGACAUCGGCUCGCUCACUCUUCAAAGGAUCGCCAGUCUUCCAGCCAGUGUCAUCUAUGCAUUCAGUGUUUUCUCCAAAUGAAACAAUAAAGUGUGAUUUCCCACAAA